UAAUAAUAAAUCUGUCAUUAUUUGACAGCCAACUCCUUAAAUUAAUGUUUAUUAAUUUAAUUAACCAAAGAAAAUUUUAUAGAAGCUAAUUUAUAAUGGAUGAAAAUUCUCCAAAGGAUGAUCAGAGUAAUCAUAAUGAUGAUUCAUACUCUGAGACAGAUGAAAUUGAGCCAAAGUUAAAAUAUGUUAGAAUGCAAAAUAACAUAAAAGAUAUAUUGGAAAAUGAUGCUGCAAGUUGUAUUGCUGUUCAUUCAAAGUUUCUUUGUUUGGGUACACACUGGGGUAGAAUACAUGUACUUGAUCAUCAAGGAAAUAAAAUACAAUCAAAAACUCUUCAAGGUCAUACAGUUGCUGUUAAUCAAAUAUCAAUUGAUCAAAAAGGUGAUUGUAUUGCAUCAUGUUCAGAUGAUGGUAAAAUAUUUAUAUGUGGUCUUUAUACAUCAGAUAAUAAUCAUAAUAUACCACUUGGUCGUUUGGUUAAAAGUAUUGCAAUUGAUCCAAGUUAUUCAUUAAAUGGUGGUAAUAAAAGAUUUAUAACUGGUGAUGAUAAAUUAGUAUUAUAUGAAAAAUCAUUAUUUUCAAGAAUUAAAUUAACAAUAUUAUGUGAAGCUGAAGGUGGUGUUAGAUCAGUUGCUUGGAUGGGACAAUUUGUUGCAUGGGCAUCUGAUACUGGUGUACGUGUUUAUGAUUUAAAUGCAAAAUGUUCAUUGGGUUUAUUAAAAUGGUCAAAAAGUCAAUCAGCUUUACCAGAACAUUAUCGUUGUAAUUUACGUUGGAAUAAUGAACGUAUAUUAUUAAUUGGUUGGAUUGAUACUGUUAGAAUAUGUCAAAUACGUAAAAGAUCAAUACAAGAAAUGAUUAAUCGUGAUUUACCAGAAUAUAUUGUUGAUCCAAUAUCAACAUUUCAAGUUGAUUUUUAUAUAUCUGGUAUUGCACCACUUGAUAAACAAUUAGUUAUUCUUGGUUGUCCAAAAGAACUUGAUGAUGAUGGAAAAAGUCAAAGACCAACAUUACAUAUUGUUGAACCAAAAUAUCAAGAUUUUAUAACAAUAUGUGCAAAUUAUCUUAGUUUAAGAGGAUAUAAAGAAUACAGUUGUAAUGAUUAUAAUCUUGAUUGUUUAACUGAUGAAAAUCGUUUUUUUAUUGUUAGUCCAAAAGAUAUUGUUAUUGCUAGUUUAUAUGAUAUUGAUGAUCGUAUUGAAUGGUUAUUAUCACAUGGUAAAUUUGAAUUAGCACUUGAAGCUGUUACAAUAAAUGAUGGUAAAGAUUGUAAAAAAUAUAAUUUAAUAAAUGUUGGAAGAGUUUAUCUUGAUUAUUUAUUAACAACUAAAAAUUAUAAUGAUGCUGGUAAGCUAUGUUUAAAAGUACUUGGUAGAGAUAAAAAAUUAUGGGAAGAUGAAGUAUAUAAAUUUGCAAGAGUACAUCAAUUACGUUCAAUAUCAUCAUAUUUACCACGUGGUGAAAUAACACUUGAUCCAUUAAUAUAUGAAAUGGUAUUAUUUGAAUAUUUAAAAAUGGAUCCAAAUGGUUUUUUACAAUUAGUUAAAGAAUGGUCACCAAAAUUAUAUACUGUUGCUGCUGUUGUUAAUGGUGUACUUGAACAUUUAUUAAAUCAUAUACAAUAUAAAAAUGUUUUACUUGAAGCAUUAGCAAUAUUAUAUAGUCAUGAUGGUAAAUAUGAUAAAUCAUUAGCAAUGUAUUUAAAAUUACGACAUAAAGAUGUAUUUCAAUUAAUACAAAAACAUCAACUUUAUCAAUCUGUUUAUGAUAUGAUUGAAGGACUAAUGGAUUUAGAUGCUGAUAGAGCUAUACAAUUUUUUUUAGAUAAAGACAGAGUACCAUCUGAUAUUGUUGUUAAAAAAUUACAAAAUAAUCAUCGUUAUUUGUAUCUUUAUUUAGAUGCACUUGAUAAAAAAGAUACUAAAGAAUUAAAAGGUAAAUAUCAUGGUUUACUUGUUAGAUUAUAUGCUGAUUAUUCUCGAGAUAAAUUAUUACCAUUAUUAAGAAGAUCAGAUAAUUAUCCAAUUCAACAAGCACUUGAUAUAUGUAGUCAAAAAAAAUUUUAUCCAGAAAUGGUUUAUUUACUUGGUAGAAUUGGUAAUACAUCUGAGGCACUUGGACUUAUGACUAGAGAACUUAAUGAUAUGGAAUCAGCUAUUGAAUUUUGUCAAGAACAUGAUGAUGAAGAAUUAUGGAAUGAUCUUAUUAAUUAUUCAUUAAAUAAUUCAGAAAAUAUUACAUUUUUAUUACAAAAAAUUGGUACAUAUGUUGAUCCAAGAUUAAUGGUACAAAGAAUUGAACCAACAAUGAAAAUACCUGGACUUAAAAAAGCACUUGUUAAAAUGAUGUGUGAUUAUAAUCUUCAAGUUGAUGUACAAAAAGGAUGUAAAACAAUAUUAUCAAAUGAUUAUUUUAAUUUACAUGAAAAACUUGUUAGAUCACAUCAAAAAGGUAUAUUAAUUGAUGAUGAUCAAAUGUGUGGAGCAUGUCAUCGUAAAGUUAUUGUUAGAGAUCCAAGAAAUCUAGUCGUUUUUUAUUGUAAACAUUUAUUUCAUAAAGAGUGUCUACCUGAUAUUGAACAAGAAAAUUGUGGAAUAUGUAAUCCACAAAAAGAAAAAACAACACUAGGAAAAUGAUCUCAUCAAUUAUGAAUUUUUUUAAAUUUUUGACAAUAACAAAAAAAGAAGCCAUUAUUAAUUUUUUUUUCUUGGAAAAAACAAAUGUAAAUAAUUUAUUUUUUUUUUUUUUCUAUUUCAUAUUUUAAUACUUUAUACGUAAAUUUAUAGAAAGACAAAUUAAUUAACCAGUGUAAUUUACAGUUUAUUAGCUCUUUUAUUAAUUGAACAGAAAAAAAAAUUAUUAAUUUUAUUUUUUAAAUAAUUUUUUUAUGAAUUAUAUUUUUGAUUAAUUUUAUUAUUCAAGUGUGAUAUAAAUAAACAAUGUAAAUAAUCAUCGUUAUAUAAUAAUAUUAAUUUUUAUCAUGUGCAACAAUAAAAUGUUUAUAUAAAUUGAAAAAAAAAAAAAA